GAGAGAGAGAGAGUGUGCAUAUGAGGAAGGGAGGGGGUUUGGAGACAGAGUGAAUGCAGCUUGCACUGCUGUGCUUUGGAAUUACAGCUAUGAACAUUGUUAGGUACUUGAAAAAGAAAGGAAAGCAAAGGAGAAAAAGGACAGAGUGUAGAAGAGAAACAUUACAGAGCCUCUUGAUGCUCGACGCUGAAGAGAGUGUGUAAAAAGACAGAAGGAAAAGAGGAGGAACACUGGAGGAGCUUCACACGAUCCUCUCAUCUUCAGUUCCUGAGCAGAUCGGCCUGUUGUCUCCCAUCUCUGGGGUCGUCAUUGGAACUGCGUCUCACCACAGUGUGCAGUGCUCCAAACAGGCUCUGCCCAGAAUGGCUCCACAGAGCAGGGAUUGUGUUAACCUGAGGAGGACCACUCUCACACAGGGGUCUUAAGCAACGCAAGGGCACGAGACUCAGAUGAGGAAAUUCUCAGAUGUGACGCCCCUGCGGUUCUGUUUGCUUCCACGGACCUCGGAGCAGCCAUAACUCGAUCCGCCUCCAUCCCAGAGGUGCCAUUCCGAGGAUAGAGGGGAGUGUCUGUGCCAAAACUCAUUCCUGAACUCCUGAAGGGAAGAGCCGUGGGAAAUGGAGGGAUAGCUGGAUUGAUGAGGGUGCUGGAGAACAGAACACGUCUCCACCUGAGCGCUGGGCUCCUUAAUCAGUUCAUCCUCCCAGACACUUGAGCUCAACUUAUUCUGGAGGAUUUUUGCUCUGAGACUUCAAAUCUUCCGCUAUAUGUUUUUAAUCUAUUCUAGUUUCUUUGCUCAAGUCAAUGCUCCCCUUCAUCAAAUGUGGCAGAUGGGCCUGAGAAACGAUUCUCUGUCAAACUAAAAGCAAUAACGUGUAAGGUAGAGUGAGGUGGCAGAGGAAAGCAGGGUGAAAGUGCUGACUGGGUUUGAGUGUUUUUGUGCGUGUGUGCAAGGCCUGUGCAGCAAUGGAUGAGGGUUUGUGCCGAGGGUUGACAGGAAGAGGCAGCUAGAUAACCGAAGCCUCUAUGUGUGCGCAGGAGGGUGCGUUAGUGUGCGAAUGUGCAUGUGGGAGCAUGUGAUUGUCUCUUGGAGUGCAGAAUUCUGAGAAUUGGCCAUUAUUGCAGCUCCCUUCCAUUUUUGUGUUAAAGCCGGGAGGGUCAACAUUAACGGCGCGCGCUCGAGAGAGAAAGGGACGAAUGCAGCAAAAAAUAAAUGAAUAAAUAACAGUGACACUUCAGUUUUCUCUCACCAUAUUUUUGGUGCCCAUUGGUGGGGUUCUUUUUCCUCUGAGUGCUUGAGCUUUGUAAAAAAAAUAAAAAUAAAUUACUUUUGUCCCAUCAAAGUGGAUUAUUAUAAGAAUCACAGCUUGUGAAGGGCUCUCAGAUGGAUAAUUUCUAGCUGGAAUACCUUCUCCUUUGAGACUCUCCACACCACUCCAUUUCUGUGACUUUCAGCCUGUCAUCCUAGAAGACGUGUUGCGAUUCCCCGGAGGACUGCGUUCACUUGUCACCACAGAAAUCCAUGGCAUUCUGUUCCUGACAAGGUCCGCUUCAUUCUGGGGUGCUAUAGGCAGCAGAAGGCAUCUCCAUGAGGAGCAGUAGAAGAUGCCGGAACUGCCAGCGCUCCUGCUGUCGAUUUACUUCCGCUUCCUGUUAAUCACCGUGGUUACCAUGCCGCCUUCUUCCCUGAGCCAGACCCCUAUUCUGUCAUCCGUACGGAUGGCGGCAAUUUUGGAUGACAGCUCUGUCUGUGGGCGUGGGGAGAGGUUAGCUUUAGCGUUAGCACGUGAGAACAUCAACAGUGUGAUGGAGGGCCCGGCUCGUGCUCGCGUGGAGGUCGACAUAUUUGAACUCCAGAAAGACUCUCAGUAUGAGACUACAGAUACUAUGUGCCAGAUUCUACCGAAGGGCGUGGUCUCAGUGAUUGGCCCCGCCUCCAGCCCUGCCUCUGGCUCCAUAGUCAGUCACAUCUGUGGGGAAAAGGAGAUUCCGCAUGUGAAAAUCGGUCCGGAAGAGACUCCACGGCUUCCUUACCUGCGCUUUGCGUCUGUGACUCUGUAUCCUAGCAAUGAGGAUCUGAGCCUUGCCAUCGGAGCCAUCCUACGCUCCUUCAGCUACCCAUCGGCUAGUCUGGUCUGUGCUAAGGCCGAAUGUCUGCUGAGACUGGAGGAGCUGAUAAGGCGGUUUCUGAUCUCUCGAGAGACGCUGUCAAUCAGGAUGCUGGAUGACAACCUUGACCCUACGCCUUUACUGAAGGAGAUUCGUGAUGACAAAAUAGCUACAAUAAUUAUUGAUGCUAAUGCAUCUAUUUCUUACCUUAUACUGAAAAAGGCGUCAGAGUUGGGAAUGACAACAGCAUUUUACAAGUACAUCCUCACAACUAUGGACUUCCCACUGCUAUGGUUGGAUGAUAUAGUGGAUGAGCAGUCAAACAUUGUGGGCUUCUCAAUGUUUAACACCACCCACCCAUUUUACCUGGAGUUUAUCAGGAGCCUUAACCUGUCCUGGAGAGAGGGCUGUGACAUUAACCCGUACCCCGGACCAGCGCUGUCGUCGGCCCUGCUGUUUGAUGCAGUCCAUGUGGUGGUGAGUGCAGUGCAGGAACUCAACCGGAGUCAGGAGAUUGGCAUCAAACCUCUCAGCUGCACCUCCCCUCAGAUCUGGCAACACGGAACCAGCCUCAUGAACUACCUGCGUAUGGUGGAGUAUGAUGGUUUGACAGGUCGAGUUGAGUUCAACAGUAAAGGCCAGAGGACCAAUUACACCCUCCACAUCCUGGAGAAGCACAGGGGAGGCCACAAAGAGAUUGGGAUCUGGUUCUCUAAUAACACUCUGCUGAUGAACUCGACUAGUCUUGAUAUAAACGUGUCUGAGACUCUGGCUAACAAGACCCUCAUCAUCACCACUAUACUGGAGAACCCGUACAUGAUGAGAAAGGUGAAUUACCAGGAGUUUGAGGGGAAUGAGCAGUAUGAGGGUUUUUGUGUGGACAUGUUGAGAGAGCUGGCUGAUAUCCUCAAGUUCACCUACCGCAUCAAACUGGUGGACGAUGGCCUGUAUGGAGCACCUGAACCCAACGGCUCAUGGACGGGAAUGGUGGGAGAGCUGAUCAACAGGAAAGCUGAUUUGGCUGUUGCAGCUUUUACCAUCACAUCUGAGAGAGAGAAGGUCAUUGACUUCUCAAAGCCCUUUAUGACGCUGGGCAUCAGUAUUCUCUACAGAGUCCAUAUAGGCAGGAAGCCAGGUUAUUUCUCCUUCCUGGAUCCUUUCUCACCGGCUGUUUGGCUCUUCAUGCUGCUGGCUUACCUCGCUGUUAGCUGUGUGCUUUUUCUUUCUGCUAGGUUGAGUCCGUAUGAAUGGUAUAACCCUCACCCGUGUCUGCGUGAGCGUAAAGACCUGCUGGAAAAUCAGUACACACUAGGAAACAGCCUGUGGUUUCCUGUGGGGGGCUUCAUGCAGCAGGGGUCAGAGAUCAUGCCCCGGGCCCUCUCCACACGCUGUGUCAGUGGGGUCUGGUGGGCAUUCACUCUCAUAAUAAUCUCCUCAUACACAGCGAAUCUGGCUGCGUUUCUCACAGUGCAGAGAAUGGAAGUGCCAAUCGAAUCACCCGAUGACCUGGCCGAUCAAACCAAUAUCCAGUACGGCACCAUUCAUGGAGGAAGCACCAUGACCUUUUUUAUGAACUCUCGUUAUCAGACGUAUCAGCGGAUGUGGAACUACAUGUAUUCUAAGCAGCCCAGUGUCUUUGUGAAGAGCACAGAGGAGGGCAUUGCACGAGUCUUGAACUCUAAAUAUGCCUUCCUUCUUGAGAGCACCAUGAACGAGUACCACCGCAGCCUCAACUGCAACCUCACCCAGAUCGGAGGACUGCUGGACACCAAGGGUUAUGGAAUCGGCAUGCCUCUUGGUUCUCCUUUCAGAGAUGAGAUAAGUCUGGCAGUUCUGCAGUUGCAGGAGAAUAACAGGUUGGAGAUCCUGAAGAGAAGAUGGUGGGAGGGAGGGCAGUGUCCCAAAGAGGAAGACCACCGCGCCAAAGGUCUUGGGAUGGAGAACAUUGGCGGUAUAUUUGUGGUGUUAAUUUGUGGCCUGAUUAUUGCUGUGUUUGUGGCUGUGAUGGAGUUUGUGUGGUCCACACGCCGAUCAGCUGAAACAGAUGAGGUACGGCCUCUCUCCUGCGACCGCCAAUAUCACAGUAACACUACAGGGUCUAUGUGUCAGGAGAUGUUGACGGAGUUCCGUAACGCUGUUUCCUGCAAGAAAAGUUCUCGUCUUCGCCGUCGCCGUCCGCUGUCCAGCUCUCUGGCCCUUCGACACCCCACCCGCAUCACUUUAGGGGCCCCACGGCCCCUGCGCCUUGUCAGAGAGAUGCGCCUUAGCAAUGGAAAGCUCUACAGUGGUACCGGACCCCUGACAGGAAGUUCAGGGCCAGGAGGAGGCCCCUCAGACAUGGGCCCCGGCCCCCAGCGACUCCUGGAGGACCCAUUAGGUGCCAACAGCACCCCCACAGUGGCUCUGGGUCCCCCCGCAGUGACAGUGCCUCUGCCGCGGGGCUGCACUCACGUGCGCAUUUGCCAGGAGUGCCGGCGCAUCCAGAGUCUUCGCACAACGUCCUGCACACGUAUCCCUCCCUCCUCGGCCCCUCUGCCUCGCCUGGCCCCGCCCCCUCCACACUCAUCCUCCAAUACAGACAGCGAAGGCGGCGGCGGGCAGAGCCCGUGCCGGAUAGGCCACUCCCCACCGGCAAAAGGCUGCAUUUUACCACCACCUCAGUCUAGCAACAAUACAGAUCUAAUGGGAGAGCAGAAAUGAGAACAGAGACUUGACAAAAGGGGGAGACAGAAGCGUGACAUUUUUUCAAUAUUUGCCCUCUUGUUUAAAAUCACAGACAAAUGCGCUUUCCAUCUUUUAUUUGGUAUGAGAGAAUUAUCUCUUCUUUUGGAUAGCCGUGUGCCACAUCAAUGAUUCUUUUGUACUGCUGAAUGAUGUACUAUAACAUUGACUGUGUCUGAAGAAACCUUGAAAACACGAUUGUAAAGAUUUAAGACUGUCAGUCUGAGGAUUUAAAAAUGCUACACAACAGGCAGCACAGAGAUAUUAAACAGAGAUAUUAAACUUCCCCGUGAUUCUGAUCUUCAGGCAGCACACAGAUGUCUGCUUGUAAUCAGAGGCAGACAGAGAUACAGACUCUCCUUUCCUUUUCUGACUGAACUCAGUCUCUAUAUUACGAAAGAGGUCACACAGAGGAAGUAGCACAGAGACGCUCUCUUCUGGAUGUCAUUUUCUCAAUGAUAACAUACAGAUCAGAGCCAGACCGCGACAGAAUGACAGCACACACGUAAAUGGAGGACAAUGACGCUGUAAAACACAAACUUGUUAAUUAAAAAGAUAUUCUAAACAGAUAUUCUUACUUUUCUGUACUAUACUUAUUUUUAAAUUCACUGUCUGUGUAAUUUAAUUCUGGGGUUGUGUUGUCUGAAUUGGAAAUUAAAAAUAGAGCUACUUUAUUGAUACAGAGAUCAACUCUGACUGAAUAUGUAUGUUCUUGGAAAUGAGGAGUUGUGUGUUCAUUAAAACGUGGACUUUGA